GGUUGGGAAGUGCGGUUGGAGUGUGCGAGGGUCGCGGCCGUGAUGGUCUGUCAGAUGAAAUAGUGAAAAGAAAGAGAAGCCGAUCCUCCUUUACAAAACCAUGUUCCCCAAAGGCAAAGGCACUCCUGUGCCGUCGGAUGGCCAAGCACGGGAGAAGUUGGCAUUAUACGUCUAUGAAUAUUUGUUACACAUAGGAGCACAGAAGUCAGCACAGACCUUUUUAUCAGAGAUCAGAUGGGAAAAGAAUAUCACGCUUGGUGAACCCCCUGGAUUCCUACAUUCUUGGUGGUGUGUGUUCUGGGAUCUGUAUUGCGCUGCACCAGAGAGGAGAGAAACAUGUGACCACUCCAGUGAGGCCAAAGCCUUCCAUGAUUAUAGUGCAGCUGCUGCCCCCAGUCCUGUGAUGGGCCCAGGGGAGGGGAUGCCAGGAGGACCCAUGCCCCCCGGAUUCUUCCAGGGUCCGCCUGGUCCCCAGGGCUCUCCUCACCCUCAGGCUCCUCCCCCUAACAAUAUGAUGGGACCUCACAGUCAGUCUUUCAUGUCGCCACGUUUUGCCGGAGGCCCAAGAGGGCCUCCCAUUCGAAUGGGUAACCAGCCUCCAGGUGGUGGACCAGGUCCCCAUCCCAUGCUGGCCAACAUGGACCCCACACGACCACCCCAGGGCCAUCCCAACUUGGGGCCGAUGCAGAGAAUGAGCGGGCCACGAGGCAUGGGCCCUAUGGGACCUGGACCCCAGAAUUUCGGGGGUGGGAUGCGGCCCCCGCAUAACGCCAUGGGUCCAGGCAUGCCAGGAGUCAACAUGGGUCCAGGUGGUGGAGGAAGGCAAUGGCCUGGUCCGAACAAUGCUAAUUCUAUGCCUUACUCAUCACCCUCUCCUGGUGCAUAUGGGGGAGCUUCUGGUGGUGGUGGACCUCCUGGAACACCCAUCAUGCCUAGCCCAGCCGAUUCUAACAAUUCUGGCGACAACCUCUAUACCAUGAUCAACCCUGGACCUGGCAACCGGAAUAAUUUCCCAAUGGGCCCCGGCUCUGAUGGCCCUCUGGGAGCCAUGGCCGGGAUGGAACCACACCACAUGAACGGAUCGCUAGGCUCUGGUGAUAUGGAUGGACUGAACAAGAACUCCCCGAACAACUUAAGUGGCAUUAGCAAUCCUCCUGGGACCCCAAGGGAUGAUGGAGAGUUGGGGGGAAACUUCCUCCACUCAUUCCAGAGUGAGAAUUACUCCCCCACCAUGACGAUGAGUGUGUGACCCUCCCCUUCAUUUACCACAACCCAGAGGACCUGAGCUCACAACAGACAUGGCCAAUCAAAUCAGCACAGAAUCAGGGAUGGGCACCGUUUUGGUUCCAAGCAGUUUUAGAAUGCUGAUAACAAAAAUAAAAUGGCUGGCGACUACUGCUCCAAAAUGAAGGACAAUUCUUUCGUUUGUCACAUCGCCCAAGUGUGACGGAACCAGCUACUGAAAAAGAACAUACACAACAAUGUUUUUGAGAUCUCUGCAGAAACUUUUUUCACAAAGCAAAGAAAAAGGUUCAUGUUUACCUCUGUGCUUUUAUUGCUUCGUGGUGCAACUUGUGCAGAAAAUGUUUCCGCUUUUGCCACUUAAACAUUGGUGAGUGUGCAUAUGCAUAUUGUGAACUCUCCUCAAUGUUUUGUUUUCAGCCACAUAUAGUGUCUCCAAAGUCAGAAGACACAAUGUUCAGAAUCUGCCUGUGAUCUUUCAGAUGUACUUUCCAAUUCCCAAUCCACAAUUCUGCCAUGUUUUAAGGUAAAAGUAAUGUUUUUUUCCAAGAGGAUCUGUCCUACAUUUUAAGUCCUCAAUUGGUUUUUAAUAUGUAAAACGGAAUCCUUUGACAGUAUGACGUUGAUAGGGAAUGUGUUUGUGGGUUAUUUUGUGAAGCAACACAAUUAUUAUGUCAGUUGCAUUGCUUUUAUUUAAUCAGUCGAGACUGAUCUUUUCUGUCAAGGGAAACCAAACAUCAGCAUACCAAGGAAAUGCAUGAAUGCUGAGAUCUGUCUACAACAUACUACCUAGCAAUGCUCCUUUCUGUGGACACCUGCUUUAAAGAUGUGGUGUAUAGACUCUUACCUGCCUGUGCUUAACACCCUGUGCUCUUUCUCUCCAUCGUUGUAGCCUCAUUCUGUGUUUUCCUAUUUGUUCACAAUGAGAUGGCAAUGAAAGAGUAUCCCAUAGUAACGUCAUAUUGGUCAUAUUUCCUCUGACUUUUUGUUUGUACCUUUUGCCCCGUUACUCAUUUUUAAUAUUUUGAUACAGACUUUGACUGUAUAUUGCCUCAGUUAAUAAGACGUCAACGUUUUCUGAACUGAAUAUAGUAGGCAUUAUAUUAUAAACUUAGCGGCAGUCUUUUAAAUGUGAUGGAAUUUCUUUUCAUUUUCUGUGAGCAUUAAGCAUUAUACACUUCUGUCCUAUGUUGCCUUUAUUUUUUUAUUUUAAAUUGAGGAAAAAUGGCUCGUUAAUAUAAUUUUACAAUA